CUUGCGGGCGACAAAAUUCUACAAAAUUAGAAAGCCUGGGAGCAAUAUAUAAGAGAAAAAUUGGAAGCGUGAAUCAAUGAGCUCCUGCAACAACAAUAGCAUCCACAACCUCUUCGUCUCCUGCUAAGUAGCUUGAACAACAUACCGAGGGUCAGAAUGAGGAAGCCUGACUCCCCAAUCCUUCUCUUCCUCCUCCUCCUCGCCUUCCUACUGGCUUCCAUCUUUGCUGUUGAUGCCCACGACGUCGUCUGCAAGUGCCAGAGAGUUCGCGGCCACCAUCGAACCUCCCACUCCGGCCAAAACAGCAAGCAAAAGGGCUCAUCCUCACAGUCAUCGUCGUCCUCUUCUUCCUCAUCCUCACAGUCAUCGUCGCCCUCAUCAUCCUCAUCCAUGUCUCACAACAGUACCGGAGCCGGCAGCCAAACCUCCUCUUCACCGCCGCCGUCGUCAUCGGCCUCAUCAUCCUCAUCCGAUGUCACUGUGUCUCACAACAGUACCGGAGCCGGCAGCCAAACCUCCUCUUCAUCGCCGCCGUCGUCAUCGUCAUCAUCCUCAUCCGAUGUCACUGUAUCUCACAACAGUACCGGAGCCGGCAGCCAAACCUCUUCAUCGCCGCCGCCGUCGUCGUCGUCCUCGUCAUCCUCAUCCGAUGUCACUGUGUCUCACAACAGUACAGGAGACGGCAGCCAAACCUCCUCUUCAUCGCCGCCGUCGUCAUCGUCAUCAUCCUCAUCCGAUGUCACUGUGUCUCACAACAGUACCGGAGCCGGCAGCCAAACCUCCUCUUCAUCGCCGCCGUCGUCGUCGUCCUCGUCAUCCUCAUCCGAUGUCACUGUGUCUCACAACAGUACCGGAGACGGCAGCCAAACCUCCUCUUCAUCGCCGCCGCCGUCAUCGUCCUCAUCAUCCUCAUCCGAUGUCACUGUGUCUCACAACAGUACCGGAGCCGGCAGCCAAACCUCCUCUUCAUCGCUGCCGUCGUCGUCGUCCUCGUCAUCCUCAUCCGAUGUCACUGUGUCUCACAACAGUACCGGAGACGGCAGCCAAACCUCCUCUUCAGCGCCGCCGUCAUCGUCCUCAUCAUCCUCAUCCGAUGUCACUGUGUCUUACAACAGUACCGGAGACGGCAGCCAAACCUCCUCUUCAUCACCGCCGUCGUCGUCGUCGUCGUCAUCAUCCUCAUCCCAUGUCACUGUGUCUAACGACAGUACUGGAGCCAGCAGCCAAACCUCCUCUUCAUCGCCGCCGUCGUCAUCGUCCUCAUCCGAUGUCACUGUGUCUCACGAUAGUACCGGAGCCGGCAGCCAAACCUCCUCUUCAUCACCGCCGUCGUCGUCGUCCUCAUCAUCCUCAUCCGAUGUCACUGUGUCCCAUGACAGUACCGGAGCCGGCGGCCAAACCUCCUCCUCAUCGCCGCCAUCAUCGUCGGCCUCAUCAUCCUCAUCCGAUGUCACUGUGUCACACAACAGUACCGGACCCAGCAGCCAAACCUCCUCUUCAUCGCCGCCGUCGUCAUCGUCCUCAUCAUCCCCAUCCGAUGUAACUGCGUCUCACAACAGUACCGGAGCCGGCAGCCAAACCUCCUCUUCAUCGCCGCCGUCGUCAUCGUCCUCAUCCGAUGUCACUGUGUCUCACAACAGUACCGGAGCCGGCAGCCAAACCUCCUCUUCAUCGCCGCCGCCGUCGUCGUCCUCAUCAUCCUCAUCCGAUGUCACUGUGUCUCACAACAGUACCGGAGACGGCAGCCAAACCUCCUCUUCAUCGCCACCGUUGUCAUCGUCCUCAUCCGAUGUCACUGUGUCUCACAACAGUACCGGAGACGGCAGCCAAACCUCCUCUUCAUCGCCGCCGCCGUCGUCGUCCUCAUCAUCCUCAUCCGCCUCAUCCGAUGUCACUGUGUCUCACAACAGUACCGGAGCCGGCAGCCAAACCUCCUCUUCAUCGUCGCCGUCGUCAUCGACCUCAUCAUCCUCAUCCCAAUCCCACAACAGUACUGGAGAUGGCAACCAAACCUCCUCCUUGCCAUCGCCACCGUCAUCGUGGUCGUCCUCAUCAAAUGUCAGCACGUCCUACAAUAGUAGCACAUAUGGAAACCAGACCUCCUCGUCAUCCUCAUCGUCGUCGUCCUCCUCCUCCUCCUCCUCCAUUGUCGACGGUAGCAGCCAUGCGGACCAGCGCUCUUUUGGCGUGAGCUUGGGACAUGCCGGCGGCAGUCUCCCCUCCCCCUCCGCCAUCGUCCACCUGCUUAAGUCGAAUGGCAUCUCCAAGGUUCGCCUUUUCGUACCCAUCCCCGGUGUCCUCUCGGCUCUGAAGGGCACCGGGAUUCAGAUCAUGGUCGGCGUGCCCAACGAGAAAAUCAUGCAUCUCUCCAUGGGUGGUGUUGACGCCGCCCUCGACUGGUUGAAGGCGAACAUUCUCAAAUUCGUGGACCCCAAGCAGGUGUGCUACCUUGCCGUCGGCAACGAGGUACUCCAAGCGCACCCUUUAAUCAUCCGGCACCUCGUGCCAGCCAUGUACAAUCUUCACAAGGCGUUGCAGACGUCGGGACUCGAUGCCGCCAUCAAGCUAUCUUCGCCGUGUGCCUCACACAUUCUGGGCGUUCUGAUGCCUCCGUCGGCCGGAGCGUUCGCUCCAUUCUGCCUCCCCGUGAUCCGGCCGAUGCUGAAGUUCCUAUCAGAGACCGGGGCGCCCUUCAUGGUGAACAUGUACCCGUUCCUCCGCUUCAUCCAUGAUCCCACGAGCAUAGCCUUGAACUUCUGCCUCUUCAGAGGGAACGCGCAGCCGAUGCUGGACGGUGGCCGGCACUAUACAAACAUGUUGGAGGUAAUGAUCGAUGCCCUGGUGACGGCGAUGGAGCGGGAGGGGUUCGGGGGGAUCCGGGUGAUGGUGUCGGGGACAGGAUGGCCGACGGCAGGGGACAACGCCGCCACCCCCGCGAACGCAGCAGCUUACGUAGAGGGGCUUAUGCAGCGGGCGUCCAAUGGAAUGACAACGCCGAAGAGGCCGAAUCAACCCGUGGAGGUGUUCUUAUCUGAUAUGUUCAAGGAGCACGUACAAGGCGUAAAAGCGUUCCAUAGGUUUUUCGGCAUCUUCAACAUUGAUGGCAGCCCGGCUGUCAACAUCAGCUCCUUCACGUAG